AGGACACACACCUUCAUGGUAGUACUUUUUGACAUAGAAUUAUGUUCCAAGGAAAACUGGAGAGUCGGACAUCUUACAGUUCUAUACUCUUUGCUAAGAAGCUGCAAGAGGAUUAAACUAACUAGCACAGAAUUUCAAGACAUAUUGCUUAAUAUUGUUUUGCAUUUGACUUCUUUUAACAGCGGAUAUUUUAGUGCGUUUUUGAUUCCCUCCGACUUCGACGACACUUUCCUCAACAUUGGUCUAGGAGCCUUGUUGAAAAAUACAAGAGUAUCGUUUCCCACACUUUACAAUAUCUGGGUUAAGAACAAUACGCAUUACGAAACUGCAUUUCGAGACCUUAAGAAGUACGCUUACCGACCAAUGAAUAUUGAUCUUGAUGCGAAUGCCAUUGACACGAGGACUUACUACUACCUCAGAGGGUUUCUUGAAGAAGCAAAGAAAAAUGGUCAAACUGUUUCUUUGGUCACAACCUGGGUAAGUAUAGAGGACCGUCCCGACUUGGCGCUCACUUACUACCCGUCACGCUACAGUUUCUACUAUUACGUAGCGCGCACUUUGUUCAUCUUGGAAACACAGUAUGUGUCUGAGGGUACUUUACCAAUGGAAAUCCUCAAUCAAACUAGAACAAAAUUUAAACGGGUGUUGCAAGGCAAAGCUAGUGAAAUGAUACUAAGCGAAGCCAAUCCGGAUGGUGAUGGGUUGUACUUUGAAGAAUUCCUUGGAAAUGGAGACACAGAUUUUUCAGGGGCGCCCAUGAAACGAGGUGAGGACCGUUUGUUUUCCACUUCAAUGGCUAUUAACUUUUACAUCGCUACGUGGGCAGUGCAGGACAAGACCACAGGCAAGCUGUAUUGGACAGAGGGUACACCUAAUGACAUCAAGGAGGUCGUUGAAAAGGCUGUGAAGUGGUUGAACACUUACAUUCUGGAAGAUACUUACAAACCAUUUGGUGCGUUCUUCUCUGGUUCAUUUAAGGGGGCAGAGAGUGUGCCUUUUUAUUUUCCAACCAAUCACAUUGAGUUUCUAAACGGCACAAUACUACCUUCAAACACAUCUAUAUUUGAUCGCAACAUAGUCAUUGCUAUGUCAGGGGUAAUAGGCGAAGAGGAAUAUGAAGAUCUUCUUAAGAUAACUCAUUUUGGCAAGAUGACUCCAACAAACUUCACAGGAUACAAUGACCCAAAUGCUGUGUUUCCCUUUUGGACAUCUGAUGCAUAUACAUAUGCAAAUACGCUAUUAGCCCUUGCAAAAUUCCAGAAUUUAAAUAGUUGAUAUUUCCUAUACAUGGAAGCAUUGCAUGUCAGGGGUGCAGGUUGGUUUUAGUCAUGGGGGUGGGGGUGUGAAAUGGUGGAGUGGGGGUUGGUGGUUGUGCAAAUUUAUAAUGGAUUGCUAAAUCCAUAUUUCAAUAAAAACUUAAUGG